UAGAUUAAAAGUUUGCCCUUUCAUCGUCCAUAGUUACUACUAGAGAGACUAUCUACAACAAAAAGAAGCUAUAGCAAUUAUGAGUACCAACAUUGAGAAUCAUGAAUAUGAUUCUAGUUCCUCUUUAAAUUCUUUGUUGUUGGCAUCUGAUCCCAUUUACCUUGCAGUGUUAAAUGCUGCUAUUGAGUUGAACUUGUUUGAGAUCAUUGGUAAGGGAACCCCCAAAGGCAUGUCUCCCUCUGAAAUUGCUUCCAAGCUCGAAAAUUCAUAUGCCGGCAUGGCUCGUCGGCUUGACCGAAUGUUGUUUUUGCUUUCUAAUUAUUCUCUCUUGACUUGUUCUUCCAACAAACUUAAUGAGAGGUUUUAUGCUCUAUCUCCUAGUGGUAAAUACUUAAUCCCCGAUGAAGAUGAAACCUCCAGCAUUGUAUUCUUCAAAUUAUGUAAUCAUCCCGCCUACGUAAAAAUUUGGCAAAACUUCAAGCAAGUGAUUCUUGAUGAGGAAGAGGACCUGUUCAAGAAAGUUCAUGGGAUGCCUAUGUAUGAAUAUAUGGAAAUGGAUCCAACGUUCAAAACUGCUUUUCACAGGGCAAUGGCUGAUUUGUCAACCAUGAUGAUGAAGUAUGUACUUGCGACUUACAAAGGAUUUGAGGGAAUAUCAACACUUGUUGAUGUGGGUGGUGGCAUUGGCCAAAGCCUCAAAAUGAUCAUUUCCAAGUAUCCUUCAAUUCAGGGCAUUAACCUUGACUUGCCACAAGUGAUACAACAUGCAUUAUCCUGUCCAGGAAUGAAGCACGUUGGAGGAGAUAUGUUCAAAAGCGUUCCACAAGGUGAUGCUAUAAUGAUGAAGUUUAUAACUCAUAACUGGGGAGAUGAAACCUGCAUUCAAAUAUUAAGAAACUGCCAUAGAUCUCUCAAAAAUGAAGGCAAGCUUAUUAUUAUUGACCUUCUAAUGCCAGAAUUACCAAACGGAAGCGACGGCCAUAAGCAUGUAUCAAUUGCUGACAACCUCAUGCUUGUGCAACCUGGUGGGAAGGAAAGAACAGAGGAAGAAUUUGAAGCUCUUUGCAAAGAUAGUGGCUUUUCUAGCUACCGCAUUGCUGCUCGUGUUGCCUCCACUGCUUUGGGAGUCAUUGAGUUUUAUAAAUAAACUAGAUCGUCGCCAUGUUACUUUGUAUGGAUCCGAGUCUAAAGAGAGUCACACUAUUUAUAGACACACAUAUAUAUAGAUGGUUUAUGAAUAAUGCAUGUCACAAGGUAUGUACGGUUUAUGUUAUAUAUAGAAUAAAUAAAGGGUGAUGUAA